AUGUGGGAGGCGAAGCUGGAGCCUAACGUCAUCUUCAGCUACAGUGCUGGGAUCAGCGCGUGCGAGAAGAGCGAGCAGUGGCUUCCAGCGCUUGCGCUGUUGAGCGAGAUGUGGGAGGUUAAGUUGGAGCCCGACUCUGCUACAAUUUUGAGAUCAGCGCGUGCGAGAAGAGCGGGCAGUGGCAGCAGGCUUUGGCGCUGCUCAGCGAGAUGCGGGAGGCGAAGUUGGAGCCCGAGAAGUCAGCUACAGUGCAGGGAUAAGCGCAUGUGGGAAGAGUCUGCAGUGGCAGCGGGCGUCGGCGCUGCUCACCGAGAUAUGGGAGGCGAAGGUGGAGGUCGACACCAUCACGUACAGCGCUGCGAUCAGCGCGUGCGAGAAAGGCGAACAGUGGCAGCAAGCGCUGGCGCUGCUGAGCGAGCUGCGGAAGGCGAAGCUGGAGCCCGACGUCAUCGCUGCAACGCUGGGAUCAGCGCGUGCGAGAAGGGGGCGCAGUGGCAGCGGGCUCUGGCGCUACUCAGCGAGGUAGAGGAAGCGAAGCUGGAGCACAAUGUCAUCAGCUACAACGCUGGGAUGCGGGCGUGUGAGCACAGCGGGCAGUGGCAGCAGGUGUUGUCGUUGCUCAGCAAAGCGGAGAAGGCAGGUUCGGACAUGGAUCCCAUUAUUUACACCACUGUGAUUCGUGUAUGCGAGGUGGGCGGGCAGUGGCAAAUGGCAAUGUUAGUCCUAGAUGAUUUGUUGUUGAAGUUGGGGCGCAACUUUGUCGAGUAG